GCUGCGACUCUUCAAAAAAUUAGAGUCAACAAAAGUCACCGUCCUCAAAUUCUGCUAGGCCUGCGCUCAGCAUGGGCCGCUCCAGGGAAGGCAAGCUAUGGAGCUCUACGUCUGCCAAACCCAAGCGCAAGUCGCUACCAGUGCCGGCCGCCAGCUCCUCAAGCACGAAGACGGCUAAACGGGACAGGAAAGGGAAAGCCAAGGCUCUGCCUGUCAAGAAGACUGCCUUUGUCGACACUCGCUUCAGGUAUCAGACCCUCUCGGCCAAGCUCAAUGCAAUCUCGGUCGACUUGAGUUCCUUGCUCGACCGCAGCCAGGCUUAUGCUUUCGAGUCCGACUUGGAAGCCAGCGAGGAUGAAGGAGAAGCGAGUACAUCAACCAAGCAAUCAAGCGAGACACCUUUCUCCAAGCAACUCGCCUCGCUCGUCUUGCUCAACACGACCACACCGUUCGUUAUAUUCUCGAGACAGGUCGCUCCAGCGUCUCGAAGCCUACCUUUGAUUGUCCAUCAUCGCCAUAGGAUCGUCAAGAGCAUCGUCGACGCUCUUGCUGGUCCGGGCUCUGCGUUAUGCGCGGAUGCUGUAAUCGAGCUGAUCCCGCAAUUCUUGAACACGCUGCCAUCCUAUGCUCUGCUCGAACCACUCAUGCCACAGUUGCUAGCCGGCUUGAUCGAUCUGAGCACGUCAAGCACCACCGAUCCUGCUCAUCUCGAGAAAGCCGUCCAGACCAUCGCUUUCAUCUUUCGCGAAUUGGCACGAGAGCUUGUCAAGCAGCCAGACUACUGCUGGAAUUUUCUACGCGUCGCAUUGGGUGCUGCACCGCGCAAGCAGCCUGCCCUCGCGGAGCCCAUUGUAGCCGACGCAUCUGAUGACGAGGACCUGUUCGACGGCGAGGAGAUUGCGGACCUGCCCCAGCCGUCUAUCGAUGGACUACGCCUCGAAGCUUCUCUCGAUGACAGCGCAGCCACCAUGGAGGAAGUCGCUGAGCCCGUUACGCCCACGCUCGCCACUCCGACGCGGCGCAAGAUCGUAAAGCCGCAGAUCAGGCACCUUCUCGCGAGCGCGUUUGCGUUUCUCAUUCGCAAGUCUAGCGCAUCUCAGCUAGACGACUUCUUCGAGAUCAUGUUCGCCGAUCUGCAAGAGCUCGUCGCCGCUGACGACGCCUCGAUCGAUGCUCUAGCUCAGAGCGUCGCUUGGAUCGUCGUCGAGAGCGUUCAGAGUGUGGAGCAUCAGCUACAUAGCCACGCGCCGAGUAUCUUCAAGGCCUUUCUGACCAUCGCUUCUCGUCAUUGUGACGACUCGAGCUGGCCGCUUCGUACAGUCGAGGCUGCGCUUACCGCUGUCUUACAUCAGACCAGAUCGGAUCCCUUUACAGCUUCUGCUGACGUUAUCAUCCAGCAUGCCAGCUCUCAGAUCGAAUCUACGAACAAGGCGGCUCAGAUUUUUGCCCUUUCAGUACUUGAUACUCUGUCAGCAGUACGCAGCGCAAAUCGACUGAGUGCCCGCGGGCGCAACAGCAUCUGGAUCGCCCUUCAGCAACAGCUACAUUCGAACCUAUCAGAUCCAGAUCUCCUGUCUGGUCUUACAGAGGUCGUCAGCAACUUACUGCUCACGGCCGAUCUGCAAGAGACUCUCGGCAAAGCACGGAUUUCGCUGGAAGCGUUAUUUACUCCAGAACGUCGUCGGUACGCAUACUACCUUGCUCGCGUCCUAGCGUCCCAAAAAGCCAGCCACUUUGGAGCAGUCGUACUGUCAAGAGUUCUCCAUCUAGCGAUCAGUGAUCUGUCGCAGACAGAUGAGGCAUGGUUGCUGCUCGCUUUCCUUGCUCGAGAGAACCAGCUGCUGGAUAUGGCGACCAUUGAUAGAGGCGUAUGGCCUGCAAAGCUACGCCUCCAGAUAGCCAGACUCGCCGAUGACUUGGGAAGCUCAUCCGGCGAUGCUACUGCGGCUACUUUUGCGAAGCUAGUUGUUGCUGAAUACCAUCCUAUCCUUCUCGAAAGCCAAACAACCGAGUUCCUUGCCAAAUUCGCACUCACACUACAAUCAGUGCAUGAUGCCCGAUCUCGCUACAUGACUUCCGCAAAUAACCCUGCAACCCUUCUCGCUCAGAUCUUACGGACUCUGACCGCAGCUACGACCACCACGAUGGCAGGCCUCUCGCUUGAUAUCACCAUCGAUUGUCAUCACUGGUGCGCAGAAGUCUUGCAAGCUACCCCGACCCAGAGCAAGAAUGUUUGCACGUCAAACGAAGGUCCUUCUCCUGAUCGCAUUAAUGCCCUCAUCCGCAAUGUCCUCUCGGAGAGCAAGGAGCUUCGCGUCGCCUCACUCAAAAUGCUGUUACAUAUCUGCUCGAAUGAAAAGUACGCAGCGCUCAAGUCGACAGUCGAGGCUGCCGUCAGAGUAGAAGAGACGUCGCUUACUUUUCAACAAGCUCGCGAGCUGGGUAUGUAUGUCCGCAAAGUGGCAAUCAACGCGCGCGCUUCAAACUCGGAAGUCGCUAUUUCCGUCGCUGUACACCUUUCUGCAGCUUUGUUGAAAGUCAACUUCAAGCCAAUUUGGUCAGAUGCCACCCAGAAUCUACUUGACUUGCUGCAACACUCGCCUGCUCAAACGUGGCCUGUCAUCAGCAGUCAGCUUGAGAAGGUCGCUCGAUACAAGACCGAUCUGAUUCAAUCGCCUUCUCCGACAUGGCGGUACACUGCGGAUACAUACCGGGAACAGCAGGAAGACUUGCUGAGCAGCUCUGAAUUUGUUUGCUCGCACAGAAAAGCGGUGCACGUAGUAUAUAGUCGCCUCGAACACCUCGGCUCAGUACACAAUGCCCUGGAUGCCUUAUUCGCCAUAGAUAUCGAUCCAACCUCUCGCUUGGUCUACAGCUCGUACGAGUAUCAGCUGCUCCAAGUCUUACGCAAAUCGCCAGCGAUUGUUGCGCAGUAUGGACGCUUCUUUGUGCAGCUAUUUUUCGAUCUCUUUGCGGACAAGGACACUUCGGAUGAAGUAGAAGCAGAGACGGAUGCGGAAGGAGGUUUGAGCACCCGCUCUGAUCAGCCUCCGAUGUCCGGCAAGCUUACAAGGCAGCGCUUGCGAUCUUGGCAGGAGGUCAUCGUUGUCUUGCCGAACCCCAAAGCACUAUACCGUUCGGAUGACCUUCGCGCUUUCCACACAGACAUGCUCUCUCAUGGCGAUUCAGCAAUACAGACUCUGGCCGUCGACUGUCUACUUGCAUACAAGACUGCGCAACUUGCGCCUCACAAGGACAUGCUGAAAGGCUUACUGAACGGCAGCGCUAUGCGCGAAAACCUCCUCGGCUUUGCCGAGCUCCUGCAGUCAGGCACCGUCGUCGGCGACGAUCGCAAGAUCCUCGUGCCUAUCGUCGUGCGACUCCUGUAUGGCAUUUUGACUUCUCGCAGCUCGGUUCACUCAGAUUCAGCAUACGGUCAGUCUGCGCGCAGGACGGCGAUUAUGUCUACGCUUCGCGAACUCAUGCCGACAGAGCUGGAUACGCUCGUCGACCUCAUGCUUGCUCCCUUUGGCACCCUGUCAAUCUCCGAGCAAGACCUCGCACGUGUACAGCUAAAUGAGGGCUUCACCGCGAAGCGACAGAUUGGUCUGCUGACGCUGCUGGCUGAACUCAUCAAGCAUCUUUGCAGCUCCCUAGUCCACCGCAUGCCGGAUAUUGCCGGUGCCCUCACAGUACUGCUUUGCUCAUCCCAGAGACUCAUCGAUGAAGCUGCAAGUGGUUCAACCAUCAAUGCCUGCAGGAAGAUCAGACAGCUAGGCUUGAAGCGGUUGAAAGAGCUCUUCGAGCGUGACAUUGAUUUCACGUUCGACGCGUACCUCGCUGUCAUAUUUGCGACCGUCAUAUCGCCUCGUAUACCCACUUUUGCGGUAGAGAACAGCCAAGCACUCUCGGCGAUGUUCGAGCUGUUCAUCACAUGGUCAAACGAGCCGGCGUACGCGCACUUUCUGUCGCGGUACGAUGCCCGUCUUAUACCGGCCUUAUACGACUGUCUCGCUGUUGACAACGUGCGACCGGCCGUAAUCAUAGGUGUACUCGAGGUGAUCAAUAACCUGCUGACGAAUGCGAGAGAAUCGUCGAUUGAAGGCAAAAUGGAUGACGGUGUUCUCAGGCUCAGUCAUUUGCUAGACUGCCUCACUGCAAACUUACGGCAUCGCCCGACGUCUCUAGCAUCACGAGAUGUGCUAGGACAAAGCCAACUGAAGACUCUGUCGGCCCUCGCACCUUCUAUUGAAAACGGCGAUCAAGCUAACAAGUUGCUUGUCCUGCUGCUGGCUUUGAUCGACAAACCUUUCAAACAAGUUCCGGAUUCCGUCAAAAGUGACCUGUUGGCCAUCGCCACCAGACUCGUCGGCUCGGCUUUUGACGACGACAAUGCGGUAGGCUUCGUGCAAGCUUAUAAGUCAGUGUCGCGAUGUCUUGAGACCGUGCAGCUCCGUGCUGGGCGCGAGAACGCCGUUGCUUGCAUUGGAGCUCUCUCGCUGUCACACGAUUCGGACGAAUUGGCAGUCACUGCAUCCCUGAUUGGCGAUCUAGAAGCUUACUCGGGGCGGCGACUCGGCGAACCCGAUUUUGAGCGUAGACUGUCAGCCUUCAACAAGAUCAACGAGACGCUCUAUAGCACCUUGACAGAGAUGCAGUGGAGGCCUAUCCUUCACAGUCUACUGUUCCACAUGCGCGACAUCAAUGAGUAUGCCAUCAGAAGUAAUGCGACCUUUGGCCUAUGUCGAUUCCUGGAGGCUGUGCCUGGAUCUAGCAUUCCACUCGAUUCACUUAUCGAGCCUCUUCUGCUUCCCGGCCUUACAGCCGCGAUGUUAUCACCACACGAGCCCGUGCGUGCCGAGAUCAUGACGGUGCUGGAUGCUGCGGCAAAGCUCAAAAUCGAAUCUGCCAACCUCAAGCAAUUGGCUGCUUUGACAGCAGGCAACGACGUCGAGGCCAGCUUUUUUACAAAUAUAUACCACGUUCAAAUCCAUCGUCGCAAGCGAGCGAUGCAACGCCUGGGUAACACGGCGCUAAAGGGGUCCCUAUCCAGUGCGCUGGUCAAAUCGCUCUUUAUUCCACUUCUGCGUCAUUACAUUGCUGGCGCGUCGGACAUCAAAGACCAGGAGUUGAUUAAUGAAGCCGUCCUUGCAAUGGGGCAGACGGCUGCUGCACUUGAGUGGCGAGCGUACAUCGCCUUAGUCGGCCAGUACACCAGACAAGUCAAGGUGGCUAAAGCGGCAGAAUCGGCCGACGCUACCAGUGCGCAACAGAAGCUUGCGAUUCGUACACUAGUAGCGAUAUUGCGCAAUUUUCGGCUCGCUGCGCACCCAGAGCAUCGUGCUGAGCAGAUAGAAGCGACCCGUGUGCGCUUCCUGCCACGCCUUAUGCGUAUGCUCGAGCAGAGGGAUGAGGCGGAAGCCAUCAACCGCAUACCGCUCGCAGAAGGCAUUGCAACUGUGCUGCAGCAAAUGCCUGGCGACGCGCGUCGACGGCAGGUGCUUAGCCUGCUAACAGCGCUGGCCGGUAUCCUCAAGAGCAAAGCGCAAGAUGUCAGAGACUCGACACGUGCGACGAUUUGCACAAUCUCUACCGCACUCGGUCCUGAGUAUUUGGCAGAUCUCGUCAAGGAGCUGAAAGAGGCUCUAGCUCGGGGUCCUCAGCUCCACAUCCUCGCUAUGACUAUACAUGCUUUGCUUGCUCGGCAUGUCGCCGCUGGCACUCCUGAGUUCGACGAGGCUCUGUCUGUCGCUGUGCCUGUUCUUGCGAACGAUUGCUUUGGCCAGCCCGCGAAAGAGCGUGCAUCCCAGGACUUCCGAUCAAAGACCAAGGUCAAAGAAGUCAGAGCAUUCAAGAGCGAAGAUUCGUUCCAGAUCUUAGCUGAGCACAUGUCGCCUACAAGCACGCCCAUAUUGUUGGCGCCGAUCCGAGACCUUUUACAGCAGACAGAGGGUAGCAAGGCCCUGCAGCACGCCCAAGAUGUCCUGCGUCGCAUCGCUCAAGGCAUACGUCUCAAUAAGAAUUUUGACAACAACACGCUGCUCGAGCUGUGCAAUGCACUCAUCAGUCAGAACACAGACUUUCUGCGACCUCGACCGAAGCGUGUCAAGACCAAAGCAGCAGCUGCUGAUUACCGCAUCCAGAUGUCUGCCAAGGUUGCCAUCGAAGAUGAUCAUUUCCGCCAGAAUGCUCAUAUCUUCGUCUCUUUCGGUCUCGAUCUAUUGAACGCGUCCUUCAAGGCCGCUAGAUAUGACAUGCGUGACUCUGCGACCGUGGCCAAGCUCGAUCCACUGAUCGAAGUCGUUGGCAAUACUUUGUUCUCGGAUCAUACCGAUGUACUUUCUCGUAGUCUCAAGGCUGCCGCAUCGCUCGUGCACUUUCCACUUACUUCCGUCAGCAAGGCAAGCCCCCUUGUGCUGUCGCAGGUGUUCAGCAUCUUGCAAGACAUGGGUAGCGCGCAGACAGAGGUCAGCCAGAACGCCUACAAGACGCUUGCUGUCAUCUUGAGAGACUGCCCCAAUGUCAAAGUCGAGGAGGACGAGCUUGUGAGCGUUCUGCAUACGAUCAAAGCUGGCAUCGAAGAUCCAGAUGAUCAGGCGACUAUGUUCACCCUGCUGCGUGCAGUCAUGGCGCGCAAACUCGUCGCGCCCGAGAUCUACGAGCUCAUGGAUAAGAUAGCCGAGACACUCGUCACAAAUCAAACAAGUCAGGUCAGGCAGAUCUGCAGAUCUGUCUAUCUGCAAUUUUUGCUCGACUAUCCCCAAGGCAAGCAGCGUCUGCAUCAGUCCAUGACAUUCCUGGCCAAGAAUUUAUCAUACGUCUACGAAAGCGGUCGCGCCUCGGUUCUCGAGAUUUUGAGUGCCAUCAUUGGCAAGUUUAAUCAAGACCUGGUCGCUCAGCAUGCCGAUAUGCUCUUCACGGCACUUGUUCUGUGCCUCGGCAAUGAGCAAGCGGCUCGCUGUCGGGAAAUGUCUAUCGAAGUUCUGAAGGCUUUACAUGCUCGGCUGACACCAUCAUUGCGGAAGCAGCAGCGAGAUUUGCUCGCACUGUGGGCAGCGGGAGACGGCAACAAGGUCCUGCAACGAACAGCACUGCAAGUACUCGGUGCGCUGAACGCUGCGCCCUCGCCCACUGUCCUUGCUCCCAUGUUCGCUGUCAUUCGCGAAAGCGCCUUGCACAUCGGUACGGACCAGCUAGAAGACAGCGAGAUUGAUUGGCAGACGUCUUAUCAGGCGCUCAAUGCGAUUGCGAAGCAGCUGCCAGGUCUUGAUGCUGCAAGUGUAUUUACGCCCGAUCUCGACUGGGCGUCUAUACAGAGCCAUUUGACCUUUCCUCAUGCAUGGGUCAGACUGGCGACCAGUCGUCUUCUCGGAGCACUCUACGAUCUCGGCAAAGAUCUGGUUGCAACUGGAAAGCUACCUGAAGAGCAUAUCCUCUCGACCGCUUCGUUGCUCGACGCUGCCUUCAAGUCGGUUCGUCAGCUCGAGAGCGAGCACCUGACGGAUGAGCUCGCAACGCAAGCCAUACGCAAUAUUCUCUUCACUUUCAAGGCCUUUCAAGCUCGUCAUCCUCUUGUCAUCAACAGCGCUGUCUCCGCGGACUACAGCCCGGCGCAAGAGCCAGUGCGGUGGAUGCUCGAUCGCCUCACCCGGCGCUUGCGCAAUGCUUACGUGCAUCGACCGAGCGUAUAUAAUGGUGAUCAACGCGUCUGGUCACGCGAAGCUCUGUCACUUCUCAAGCUACUUGCAGCGAUCGUUCAACAGCUCGAACCCGAGGCUUUGGCCGCUGUGCUCGGUGAUCUUGUGUCGCCUCUAUACAAUCUUAUCGAGGACGGUAACACCGCUGAUCCUCAAGUCGUCGAAAUCCAGAAUCUCGCGAUCGAAUUCAGAGAGCUCUUACAGGCCAAAGCCGGUGUGUCUGCGGUUGCAACAGCCUAUAGCACAGUCAAACAGGCUGCAAUCGAUAGACGCAACCAGCGCAAGGCUGCAGCUGCCGUAGCUGUUGUCAAUGAUCCUGAGACGGAAGCAAGGCGGCGCGAGAAACGCGCAGCAGUGCGAUCGGUUGCGAAAAAGCGUAAGGCAGAGUCAUACGCUCGCAAGAAGGAGAAUUAUGGCGACAUCAAGUUGAAAAAGUCGAAGUAUUAGAUUAUGUUGAUGUCAACAACAAAGUGCAGGCGUGCUUGUAUGCUACCGAGACGCGAUUGCUCUCGCAGUCUCUAGUGACAUUAUGCCAUGGUCUUCUUCUCCCAAUGGCUCUAGCUGGUCCCACAGCUGAUCGAGUUCAAUGUCAAUGGCGAGUGCGGCAGAUUGCCCGGACGAGUUGACCAUUUUGGGCGGGGCCGGUCCUGGCGUGGCAGGCUGCGCAGGAGAAGUGGGCGAGACGGGCAAAGCCUGCGCUGUGGGAAGCGCAGACGCAAGCCGUCUGAGAGGCUCGAUCUGUCUAGGUAGCGGCAACACCCAUAUCUUCUCACGCAGGCGCUUAUGUCGCUCGCGAUCAUCUUCUAUGCGGCGAAGAACGUCGUUGUGCGAGA